UUCUGGCAGCACUGGUGACGGCAAGGCGAAUGAAAAUUGGCUAAACAGCAAGCCAAGUGAACACAAUAAUGGAAUUGUGUUAACUUUAAAGCACAUAAAAUGUAACUCGCGUCGCCAAGCUAACUCUGUCUAUCCUCAUCAACAUAGGCCGUCUGCAGUUUCCACCUUGCAUUGCCAUUGCUACUCGCUGUCGUCGUCGUCUUGGAACACGCACACUGCCAGGCAAGAAGAGCGGCGGCAAUAUGCCAAUGAAUGAUGUGACGGCUGCACUUAUCUAUUCGGAACACGGAAACGGCAAGACAACGAAGCACUCAAAGGCGUCAAUAACAACACCUACACUAAUUGCAACUCCACCACCACCCAUAACAACAGCAAGCAGCAUGACAAACUCCUCCAAGGCAGAUAUCGUUGCUGCCGGCGGCGCUACUGCUGCCGCCCAGCUUGGCAGCAUGUUGGCUCCCAACGGACUACCACUGACAAGCAUCCAGGGCCAAAAAUGGCAACAGGUUUUUGAUCUAGAUAAAAUGAUCAAACAGUUGCGCACAGCUGAAAAAACACAUCUACGUGGUGGCACUGGCAGAGGCAGUGGAGCUGGAAGCAGCAGCAGCAAUGAGACAAAGCAGGCAGCGCAUGUGGUACAAGUUCAGCGCCUAAAUGCAGCCGACAUGGCAUACUAUGAUAUGGUGCCCAAGCAGGCGACACGCGACAUAGUCAUCUGUAAUGCCUGUAGCGGCAGCUACACUAAGGCUGGUUUCAAUAAUCACAUAGCGUUGCAGCAUCCUAAUAUUUGGGAUGCUACAUCCAACAAGCUGAGCAGUAGCGUGGAAUCUGCGCGGUCCAUGGCGACAGCAGAGCACAGUCAGGAGGCAACAGAGCUCGCAAGCUCACCUACAGAUACUUCGUUGGCCUCUUGCCCGAAUGGCUCCAACGGCUCUACACCAUUGGCUGUGAAUAACAAUGCGCAUGCAUCUAGUAGCUCAACAUCAGCAACGUCGUCGUCAUCGCGUCACAAAAGCAGCAGCAAGAGUAGCAGUUCCUCCAAAACCAGCAGCAGCAGUACUGGUCGUUCGCGUUCCAAGUCAUCUAAGAAUCGCCAUCAUGCGGAAUCGCAUCAUAAACCUGCUGGCGCUGGUUCCAAGCGUAGCAGUGCCAAUAUAGCGGUAGCACCACCAGCGCCCACUGUCAAGGAUGAGCCACAGACUGUAGCAGCUGCAGCACCAGCAGCCAUAACGGUAUUCAGCUCCUCUUCCAACUCUUCCUGCUCACUGCCAUCCACGCCACUGCUGGUAAAUGUUGCAGGCAAUGCCAACGAGCAUGGGAACAGCUAUUCUCCCGCGUCUGCGUCCUUGCAAGAAGACGCACAGCCAAGCAAAAAGAAGCAGAAAGCGGCAACAUCGUCGACACUUGAAGCGACAUCGCAUCAUCGCAGCAAAUCUUCCAAGGAGAAGCAGACAGCGCCCAUGUAUGAGCAGCCACAGCAGCAGCAGCUUAGCGAACUGGAUCAGGCUGUCUGCUCAAUAACUGAGCAGCAGCAGCAGCGGCAGCAUCAGGUUAAUUUAGCUACAGGAACAGAAGAGCCACUGCCCAUGCAUAAUACAUCCGAUGAUAAUUCUAUAUCAUUAACGCUCGACGACAUGCUGGAUAGCAAGUUUAUCAAUGAGAUACUUAACACGGUCGAGUCAGAUAUACCCUUUGAUGAAAGCGCACUGGACACAUCUCAAUCGCAGUCGCAAACACAGCAGCAACUGCUCAACGAUGCAGCAAUGCCGCCCACUAAGCGCUUGCGCUAUGAUGAUGGCGGUCUGCAGGAUACAACUGCUUAUGCCAAUACGCUCUACCAACAGCAGCAGCAACAAACAUAUGGGGACCAGCACAAUCAUCAUCAUCAUCAUCAUCACCAUAUGAGCGCGCACAUUGCUGCCAGCCAAAGCCCCAACAGCAGUCUCAGCAAUCCGCUUAGCUCGCUGCAGUCGAGCAUUGCCAAUACGCUGAACAACAAUCAACAGCAGCAGCAACAACAAUUGAAGCAGGAGCUAAAUGAUCAAGCUGCAGCGCAGUUCAAUGUCUAUAAUGUGCCCUCACUUACGGAUGAUGCAGUCGCAGACAAUGGCAAUGAGCACAUGAUGCUGCCCAGUAUUAUCUAUGAAUUUACAGCCAAUAAUCAGGUGUCUGUGCUGGAUCAACAGAGUCAGAAUCAGGCCAUAGCCGAGUUUCUAAAUCAAGCUGGCUACGAUCAUCUUGAUGUGAAUGUGCUCCAAGCGGCAGCAGGCGAAGCGCAGGGCGGAGUAGGCGUUGGCAUGGCCAAUCAUUUUAAUGAAGAACUAUGCGAUUUUGAUUUUGCAAAACUGGAGACUGUCAGCGCGGAAGCCAACCAUACAAAGACUGUCAAGCUGGAAACACAGCACCAGCCAACCCAACAAUACCGUAGUCGUCAAUUUGAGUCUACAGCACAGCCACAUCGCCAAUUGUCGAAUGCCAAACAUUUUGAGGACUCCGCCUAUAAUAUGAUGUUCUACGCCGGUCCGCCUCGUCCAUUAGCCAUGAAUACCUUUAAUCUAGUAAAGCUGCCCAAUGGCAUGGGCGCCACGCUGCGCAAGAAUCUGUUAAUGACGCGCAAAGCCAACAGUUUGCUCUCACUUAAUGGGAGCAGCAAUGGCAGCGUUGUGGGCACACUGGCCCGCACUCCCCCGCCAGCACCUAGCGCUCUCAAUUGCAACGGAAAUGGCAAUGUUGCAGCUGCGCAACAACAACAAUUUCAGUUGCCACGUGGCAAAACAAUUUAUGCACAAAAGUGCAGUAUUAUUGCGCAGGAACGUUUGCGCUGCAACAAGCGUGCGCUGGUGAAUCGUCUGGUCAACAAUAGCAACAGCAACGGCAAUAAUGUGAUGACAGUAAAGCGCUUGCAUGAAUUGCUAUCGGGCAAAGUCAAGGACAAAGAGAAAAACUUGGAACACAACGACACUGGCGAGCAACUGCAGCAGGAGGAGCAACAGUCGGAGCAGUUGAAGCGCACGCAUAGCUUUUAUGAAAAGCGACGCAAGUUGCUAAGCUCGCCUAGUCAGCAACGACAGUCGCCGCUUGGCAGCAAGCGUCAUAUGUUGCGUGCUAGGCCCAUGCAUUUGUCAUUGCAGUUGCAAGGCGGCGUCGCUGGUGUUAAUGCCAUUGGCAGUGCAAGUCCACAGCAGCAGCUGCUUAAGAAGCAACUUAUGCGCACACUUUCCGAUAGCGGCAACAAUAUACUCGGCACUGGUGGGAGCAGCGUUAUCACCAACAAUGGCACCAAUAAUCCCUGGAAGAGCAACAGCUCCCCCGGCUCUACAGGCAGCGAUCUGAUGCGUGUUCUUGUUUAAAAGAAGCAAGCAAACAAACGAUUAUACAUAUAAUUAUUAUUACGAUUACGUAUACGUAG